AUGGUGUGGGUCAGGAAAGCACUCUGCAAUGGGGCGACAUUCCAAUCUAUUCACUUAGGUGUAGCCAGUGGCAUAUUUGCAAGACGGCGAGAGACGCGCAGGAGUGAGAGCAUCUCUGAUGGGUGUUUUGGAGGUCAUCGGUCGAGCAUGACUCUUUCCAGCGCCCCGCCCGUCCGCAGAGGAAGCACUCCGGUUCCGUUCAAAUAUCAGCUCAGAAGAGAAGAAGCAGUCAACGAUGACUGUGACUGGACGCCAGGAAUCGGUGUAACUGAAGCAACGUCGCCUCCUCCAGUUAGCUUCGUCCCAGCUCAGGAUGAGGCUGCGGGUGCUUACGUGGAGGAAAAACAGGGAGGACCGUUCAGGAUCGCCCUGCUCGGCCAGAACGGCGUGGGGAAGACGUCGCUCGCUAUCGCCCUCGCAGGGGAAAUAGACAGAACUGCAUCUGUGGACUCAGAUGGCGAGGGCUACGUUCGCACCGUUACCGUGGACAACGAGGAGAGCACCAUCUUUAUCUUUGAUAACUGGAGACAGGAUCUGUCCAUGCUGGUGUGUGAAGUAUGUGUGUUGGUGUUUUCGGUGACAGACCGGCGCAGCUUUCACCGCACGGCUCAGCUCCGCCUCCUUCUCAGGGAAAACCAACCUCAAACUCCCAUCAUCCUCGUGGGCAAUAAGAGCGACUUGGUGCGCUCACGUGAGGUCAGCACGGAGGAGGCUCGAUCCAACGCUGCACUCUAUGAGUCUCCUUAUGUGGAGCUGUCUGCAUCUCUGGACCACGGCACCACCAAGCUUCUGGAGCUGGCUGUGCGGGCAGCACGAGGAGAAAACCUGGGAUCCUUAGGGGUCAUCGGGGCAGAUGGAGCGACAGGAGGUCGGCGUGAGAGCCUGAGCACAAGGGCUAAGCGAUUUCUGUCUAACCUUGUACCACGCUAUCCUCGAGAAAAAGAGCGCGACGGCGGAAAGUUCUUCAGGCAGAAAUCUCGCUCCUGUCAUGAUCUUGGAGCUUUGUGAGUCAUAGACUGAUAGAGUGGUAGAGAAGCUGAAAAACAAAGAGAGACAAAAGUAAGAAGGAGAGAAAGAGGAGUAAGAUUGACAAUGGAGCGUUAAACGACCAGAGCCUAGAAAGAAACAAGUUUUAGAGAGGUGUAUGAAAGUAAGAAGUACAGAAAUGAAUUUUAAAAAGUAAAAUAAAUUACCUUAAUAAUAUCUAAGGCCAGGUGAUUGAGGUAAAACUGUAGACCUUUGUCUGAAUGAACAAAUGUAGAUUGCAUGCUCCAUUAUAUACAAAAAAAAUCAAAUGGUAUAGGCAGUCCAGUUACUGUGAGUAUUUGUGGUAUCCUGCUAUAUUUGUGUACUCCAGCAUCCUGGGGAAAUCAGCUUUCUGUUCAAACAGUAGAAUGAACCUUUUUUUAACAGAUUGCAAUCACCUUACUGACUGUGCCGCUGAAUUGUACGUGUGAGAACUUACAUUCUUAAAUCCCAAAGGUCCAUUCUCCGUUACUCAG